CCCACAGAGGGAUUCGUACCACAUUGCGGUGAUAACCACUACAAUUUGAAGAGAAGCCCUUCAACAUUUCGACGGCAAGGGGUGCCGUGUUUUAGUGAAGAGCUAAUGAGGUGAACAAAGCCAAAGGAGGCCACUGUGGUUGACCUGCUGUCUAUUGGCCUGCACUCUAAGUGACGCUGCUGCUGCCAUCCUUCAACCAUCAUCACUCCAAGAGGAGGCUGGGCUCCCUCUGGGUGCAAGACACACCAUGUGCCAAAACUGGAGAGGACUUACUACUGCCCCAUAGACCACCUAACCCUUUGUGAACCUUCCCCUCUAGCCUGAGGCCCCAACUAAUCCUCCACAUUGCCCACUGGCCAAGAUGAAGAAGGUGGCAGCAUGGUCAGCGGAGGACGUUGCUGACUGGCUGAGCAAAGAGGGAAUGCCGGAGUACAUAGAUGCCCUCCGUCAGAUGGACGGUCCUACUCUGCUCAGGCUCAACAAGGCAGAUUUCCAGAUGCCUCCCCUCUCGCUGGUGUCGUCUGAUGGCGGGCAGCAGCUUUUGGAGCGACUUGAGACGCUGCGGAUAGAAACUCAUAUCGAGGCUCACAAAAACGGCCAUGCAAACGGGCACGCCGGUGGAUUACCUAACGGAACUACCAAGCCUCAGAGGAAUGGCACAUUGGGGAUGAAGGACUUCCGGAUGGAGAUGGUCCACAUCCCCAUCCCUACAACAGAAACUAUGCGGCCCUCGUUCCCUGCCGAGUGGGGGAAGACGGGCAUAGCGUUCGUCUACGCGGUGGUGUGCUUUGUUACCACCACUGUCGUCAUUUCAGUGGUUCACGAGAGAGUACCGCCAAAGGAGCACACCCCACCUCUGCCUGAUAAGUUCUUCGACCUGUUUGACAGGGUGGAGUGGGCCUUCUCCAUCUGUGAGAUUAACGGCAUGCUGCUGGUGGGACUCUGGCUCAUACAGUGGAUUCUACUCAAGCACAGGUCAAUUAUAGGCAGGCGGUUCUUUUUCAUUGUGGGCACACUCUAUAUGUACCGGUGUAUUACAAUGUACAUCACCACUCUGCCUGUUCCCGGGAUGCACUUCAAAUGCUCUCCAAAGCUUCUCGGGAACUGGGAGGCACAGAUGAGGAGAGUAAUGAAGAUGAUUGCUGGUGGAGGUCUAUCCAUCACAGGUUCACACACCAUGUGUGGAGAUUAUCUGUACAGUGGCCAUACUGUCAUGCUAACGCUAACGUACCUCUUCAUCAAGGAGUAUUCCCCGAAGAGAUUCUGGUGGUACCAGUGGUUUUGCUUGACCUUGAGCGCUGUAGGGAUUUUCUGCAUCCUUCUUGCCCAUGACCACUACACGGUGGAUGUGGUGGUUGCAUAUUUUAUCACAACACGCCUGUUUUGGUGGUACCACACUAUGGCCAACCAGCAGUCGCUGAAGGAGACGUCGCAGAGUAACCCGUUCUCGCGGGUGUGGUGGUACAGACUGUUCCAAUACUUUGAAGAGAACGUCAACGGGACGGUCCCUCGUAACUAUCAGCUGCCGCUUUCAUUGCGAUCGUUGCAAUGGAACCGUGGUGUGAAGUACAGCAAACUGGACAUCCAGUGACCCUUAUCAUUUCAAAGCAGGCGAGGACUAUGACUUCCAUAAGUGCUGUUUUUACCCAUUGAAGAUGGCACUGUUUAAUGUAGCGCUGUCCUUUCACCUCUAGUAACAGACACAUCCCUGUCCAAAUGGGUAGCACUGUGACCCACCUAGUAUUUUCUUUUCUUUGUGUAUAUACGUCUAUAUAUUAUUUUUGUUUUCCCUUCUCCUCUUUCUCUUCUUGUAGUAUUUGCCAACACACAGCACUAAUUUAUAUGUUUUUUUCCUCUUCGUGGGCCACACAACAGUUUAUGAAGCAUUUCGACAAACUUCUGAAACUCAAAGAUUUUUGGCCUCAAGGACUCAAAUACUUUUUUUCCCCUCUCUGCACAAAAUCAUAAUUAAUGUCUUCAUUUUUUUAGUGCAAAUGGUGUCAAUCAAAUGCACAUUUGAUAACCAAAAUGCCAUAAGCAUGUUUUCUUUUCUUUUUUUAUAGCAAAUUACUUUUUGUAAAAUGUCCUUGCUAAAAUGAGUCAAAGGUGCAAAAAAUAAUUUUUUUAAGUAUGUCAAACUUUAUUUUUCAAAAACAAAUGAUGUCCAACAAAAUAUUUUUUAGAUUUUUACCUUUUUCAAGAUGGAUAACUGAGAGCAUAAGAAUCUAAUGUGGUAUAACAUUAUUCCAGUGCCUUUCUUAGCUUGAUUGUAAAACAGUUCAAGUAUCUAUGUGUCUUGUGUCUCUCUGCCGCGAGUGUGUCCACGCCGCGGUACGAGGUGGUACUUAGUCAGUCUCGUUCCCAUGAAUGUAAAAACAACUACGCCAGCCUUACCAGAAAAUUGGUUUUCCCAAAAUUAAGUGCAGUGAGUGAAAUGUCCCAUUUAUUUAUUGAUGCUUUACGAUGUCAGUUUGUGCUUAGUUGGUUAAUCCUGUUCUAACAGAAAACAAUGACUGUUAAUUGUAUUUUUUUAUAUAUAUAUAUCUAUAUAUCCAUAACAUUUCAUUUUUACCAACCAGUCUUUAACCAACACCAGCCAUGUUCAAAGCCCAAUCAUUGAUGCUCUGUUUUCUGCUAGUUUUACCCAGGGGAAAAAAAUCACUUCAGUAAACUUGGUAAACUUUCAUGUCCACUUGAUAAAUGUGCUAAAGUUUGCUAUUUUGAUGUAUUUACUAAACGUGUAAAGUAAAAUUAGCUACAAAAACAAUACUAAAAUGCAAUUAAGUAUAUUUGACUUAACUAAGAUGCGCUCAAAUAUACUUAAGCACUUUUGUUCUGCUCAUCAUGAGGAAAACUAGCUGCUUUGUUUUUCUCAACCUUGCGUUUACAGUUGCAGUUUAGAAGUGAUGAUAAAGGGCUUCGAAAUUCCGGGCACAUUUAGUUUCAGUACCUUGAAAGAGCUUGAAAAGUGCUGGAAUUUUUUUUAUCUUAAACAGCUGUAAGAACCCUGGAUAAAUCAGUAUACUAAGUACAUUGUGAGUACAUCAAAAAAGGCACAGUUUUAGUACAUUAAUAAAGUGUGCUUGGAAGCAUACUAAGUUAAAUUAAACUAAGUGUACUGCAGUGUACCUUUUUUCACCUGUGUACUUUCCAUCACUGCAUUAUCUGCUAAACAUCACUGCCUGAUUGGAAAAUGGAGAAGACAUGUCUCUAAAGUGCAGAGUGAAGUUAUUCUGGACGUGAACAUGUCCCGUGCAUCAUUGCAGCAUCUCUUGCUCAGGAGAUGACAAACUUCUUGUUCCCCACAACGAGCCCCAUUUUGAAAUCAGAAUCAUGACUGUCUGGUCUUGUAACCUUUCUGCUGGUGAUGAGAUCUAGAGGAAAAAUGUUCAACGUGAGCAUGUGUGUUGAGUUUUGAGAAUGUCAAAGCUAUAAAAACAGAAGCUUCAUGUAAAGUUUCUGUGCAUGUCUGUUAUGAAUCUGUACUUUGUGCGGUUUGUCUCGUACUAAAUCAAGCUGCUACCUUCCAGUUUGAAGACGGUGUAUCUUCUACAUUUCCUCCUUUUAAAGUGCGACGCUGAAACUAGAAGCAGCAAACACUCUACGUGGAACUUGUGUGUGGGGAAGAAGCUGAAGCAUGAUGCACAGAGCUGGUGAAUUAUUUGACCAUGUGUGUGCAGGAUUAACUUUGAUUUCCAUGAAUGUGAAAACGCGUCCUUAUUGAUAAUCCUAAUCAUGUUUAUUAUUAUUAUUAUUAUUAUUAUUUGCUUGUCUUUGUAUAAUUAUGACUGAACUGUAAAGAAUAAAUAUUGCACAAGUUCAUCGAUAGGGAAAGAUUUAAGUCAUUUUGUGAAACUUUAAUUUCAAAUCCAACUAACUAGCUUUGAAGAGAAGCUGCACUAAACUUUAGAUUAUAAAAAUCGCAAAUAAAUAAUAUGAUUAAUUUCUUUGUCAAAAAAGGGAGUGAGAAAAUACCCUUUAAUGCCUCGGGUUACCUCCUUCCUGUCCAGUCAUUUCACUUUAACAGAAAACGGUUUCUCAGUUUUUAAGAGCACAGCAGGUUCCUGACAUUCGGCUGUAUUUGACUUUAUAUUUGAUGAUCCAAACACUGCUCUCUAAUAAUGUUGGAGGGCUUUGAUAAGGAUGACCGUGGGAGUUAUUGUUUGUCUUCUAGUUUGCCAAUCAUUGGAUCAUUUUUUUUUUUGUUCUCUUGUAUGUUCCUCUGUAAACUUCUCACCCAUGUUGUCCCUUUUUUGUGCGUAUACCAGAUGUUUGUAAGAUAUGAUAAAGGAUUGUAUUUGGGACGCUUUUGAAUAAAACCUUUUACUAAAAUGUA